AGAACAUACUCGUUAAAACAUUUAAGAAGAAAUUUAUUUGUUGUUUGGUGGAAUGUGUUUAAGAAAUAAAGAAUGGAACAUGUACCCUUGUUGUGUACAUCUUUUUAUCAACGUUCCAACAUUUAGUCAUCAGUGAUAAUUGAAGAAAACAUUGUUUUAAAAAAGAAAAGGUUUAUAAAUAUUCUCUUUUCUUUAAGCAAGCGCACUCAAUAUUAAGUUUGCGAGAGAAAAAAAUGUCGAUGAAGAAGGAUCGUUGUGGUGGUCUCCUUUUGUACUCCAAUUGCAGGGGGUGAACUCGAACGAUAUCGAGUACGGUCGAUCAAAGAAUAAUUACAACGACGACACCAGUAGUGGCACAGUAGAUAAUUUUUAUUCAAGACGAACGGAAACAAAGUAAAUAAUACAAAGAGAAUAAAAGACAUUAGUGAGGUGGAAGAUUGUGAAAAUAUUUAACGGCCUCGUUCAUGAUUUACGGAACAUUAGCUGUGACGGAGGAGUCAACUGCAACCACGGGGGCUACUUGGCUUCGCAAUAUCACCAUCCAAGGAGAGAUGAGCAGUAGCAGUGGAAGUUUCGGUGUUGGUGUUGGCGUCGGCGUAGCCGGUGGACCAACACUUGCUGCAGGACAACAAAGUCAAGGAGUUGCGGCAUUAUUGGUGAUGCUGGCUGUGUUGUGUUUUAUUUUUGCUUAUUGUUGUUGGGGUGCACCAUUCUGUCGAUCACUUUGUAGACGACAUUGUUGUUGUCGUCUGGAGGAUCCUGAACCAGAUUCACGUUUUGGUAAUAGCGAUCAAACGAUGGUUGCUACACCAACGAUCAUUCUUUUACCACAUGGUAGAAUGCUUGUGGUUGAUGGUACUAUGUUCACACAGUUUCAGGCUGAUCCAACUGGUUUGGAUUUGGUUGAAUUGGGUGAUAGUGUACUUCGUGCACAAAGAAAUCCACGUAGUAUUAAUCGACAUCAAUUGCAAAACAGUCAGGGUAGUAUAUUGGAAAUGGAUGCUGAAACUCCUAGUAAAGAUAGUUUAGGAUCUAUAGCAUGUUUUCCACCGCCUACUUACGAAAGCAUUUACGGCAAAGAAGAGACUGAUAUGCCGCCUUCGUAUUCUGACAUUCUAUUGCAUAGGUUUGCUAAUCUUCCUCAUGAGUUAGAGAUGCACGAUUUUUGUCGUAACGACAAAGAAGAAAUCGAAAUGCAAAGUUUAGAAGAUUGUCCUCAUAUAGUUGGUAAUCCUACGAACGUAUUACCUUAUCCUUUUUUAAUAACGACUUUCUCUAGUCCAAGUUCUCCAAGAAGAACUGUCUCGAGAAAUCCAUCUAUCAUAAGUAAUCCUUUGGAUAAUUAUUACAUGGACAACGAUUUAGGGCUAUAUAGAUUAAGCCAUGAAAUGGUUCAUCGUGUUUCAAGCAACACUAAUUUAAAUACUUAUAGAACUUCGCACGAUGGUAUUACGUUUCAAUUGUUUCAUGAAAAUGAAAAUCGUCAUCAAAGAGAUAAUACAAUAGAUAAUGAGAAUCAUCGUUUAAAUUCACAAAAUGUUAAUCGAAACAACGAACAAAGAUACUCCCAUAGAGUGGAUGAAAUAACAAACCCCGAAUCUGAUAACGUAGCAAUAGAAAAUGAUAUAAUGAAUACGAGAAAUCGUGCACGAAGUCUUUCAAGAAUAAAUAACGAUAAUAAUACGAAUAGAGAACGUGUUUCUAGAGACAAUGAUGAACCUGGUGUUGCUUUUGUCAGACAUGUUAAUACUCACGAAACUGAGACUUCCUUAGACGUUCCACAUGAAAUGUGUAAUGCAAAUAGGGUCAACGAAAUGUCUCAAUCGCAAUUAUAUCAUGGAGAACAAUCAAGUGUAAGAAAUGUUCAUUUACAAAAUACACAAACUAACGAAAUUAACCAAAACAACGAAGCUAGUCCAAAUGUAAGGUAUCUUCAUAGAAGCAGACGAAACGAGGAUGAAAGUAGAACGCAAAAUAAUGAAGAUUCUAGUUAUCCUGAUGAUGAUGAUGAUGAUGCUACUGCUGCUGGUAAUUUUGGUGCUCUUGCUGAUAUUCGCGAGAGUAGGGUCUGAUGAAUUAUUGCCAAUUUGGACAAUUAAUAUUUAGGAUAUUGUAUGCUAACAUCGCGCCCUACUACUUUUCAUUAUUUUAUAUACUUUCAAAAAUUCAUUCGUUUUCUGAUACACUUAAUUAUAAUGAUAAAAACGCACACGCAGUGGUUAUAAAGUAGUAAUUAAUGAAAUAAUGAAUAAAUGCCGAUAAAAGCUCUUCAAAUUUAUAUGAAAGAUUUUUACGAUUAUUAAAGCAGAGGAUAUAUUAACGAACGCAUUUAUCAUUAAACAUAAAAAAAAGCAUACUAUUUUUUCUUAAUAUA